AUGGUAAAAGCAAAACUUAUAACUAUUUUUCUAAAAAAUUAUUUUAAAUAAAAGCAAAUAUGACUAUAUUUUAUAAAAUAAUUAAUAGAGAAAGAAUUUAUUAAUGGAGUUCUCUUUAAUUAAGCAUAAUUCUUUAGUACGCUCAACUGAGCACAAUGACCUUUUACAUAUUCACAUAAACCGACCGAAAGCAUUAAAUGCUUUAAACAAGAAAAUCAUUAGGGAAAUUGCAAGCUUAGUUCGUGAGGCGCAUAAUCAAAGCAAAAAUGUAUUAUUCACAGGCGAAGGAAGAGCUUUUUCUGCAGGCGGAGAUGUGGUGAGCAUCUUAAUUAACAGACAGGCAUAGAGCCUUAUUGGUUAUGCAGUCACCAAGAUGCUAAAUUGUAUGCACCUAUGAUCAUAUUAAACUCGGAUUGAGCGUAUUCUCUAUUAAUUCUUUUCCACUAGUGUAAAAUUUUUUACCAUAUAAAAAUUCUAUAUAUAGUAGGGAUAUGAAGAAGAUAUUAUAGAAAAUGCUAUAAAUCGCGCUUUAAUAUCAUAUAAAGUAAAAAUACUGCUAUCUCUUAUAUUUCUUAUUAUCAAGGCUAGGUAGUUUGGUAUUGAGGGGAUAGGGCAGGGUUCUUACACUUGACUAGACAAGCAAACCUGGGGUGGGAUUUAUGAUGCCAGGGGACGAGAGGGGUGCAUCUACGGAAGGUUGGAUCUGUGCUUAACGAAAUUUCUUUGGGCCCAGGCCGGAACUCCUGGCAUCACGUGGGGUCCACCUUAAGGGCCCCGAAGGACACUGCCAGGCUACCCCUUUCCAACAAUAGGAUUAGGCUAGGUUAGGUUAGGUUAUUAAGUCUGACAUUAGCCAUAUUGGUGAUGUAGCCACCAAAGACCUCCAUUACAGGAGGUUGAGGUCAAACCGCUUUUUGACUCCAACCCAGAGAGUCUUUCCCUCGAAGGUGGAUGCCACUUCGAUACCUUCUGUCUCCUCUUGAAGCUUCAGUCUCGAUUGGCGGCUUAUGUUUUCAAUUGGCCCUGCUGCAGCAAUUGGAGUAGUUUGAUUCCAUGGAUCCUUUGAGCUAUCGGGUGUUGAAGUGCCUUCCUUCAACAGCUACAGUGAAAAGACUGCUCCCCUGUGGCAUGAGUUGAAAACCCCAGCUUUUCGAUAGAGGAAUCUCUAGGAUCCUCGUAUCCAAGGGACGCUGCUGAGCAUCUCCAUUUCCAACCACAGGAAAGCAGCCAAAACCUACAUCUCUCGAGCCUGUACUUGAUUCUCGGCUCUGAGUCCCUCCCCAGUUCGCCGAGACCUUAAAGUCGGACUGUUGCGCAAAAAGGGCAGAUUGGCACAUUACCAUUCUAAUGUAUUUCCAACCAUAGGAGCCGAGUCAUAAACUUACCCGGAACGCAUAAAGCCAUAUCGAACCUCUAUCUAGACUGAUUUUUUGCUCAGUUCGCCUUGACCAUAAGGCUAAGAAAAUUGUGUCAAAAGGCCGGAUGUACCUAGUCCACCAUUUUAAGUAUCGAAGUGAUGAGCAUUAUAAAAGCUGAUAUAACCCCUGAAGAGUUUUACCAAGAAGAGUUUACCCUGAUUUAUUUUGUUUCCAGGAUGCUAACUGAGAGAGUUGCCAUCAUGGACGGCAUUGUUAUGGGUGGAGGGGUUGGGCUAUCUAUGGCUUGCUCCAUAAGAGUAGCGACCAAUAAUACAGCAUUUGCUAUGCCUGAAGGAGCUAUUGGCUAUAUCCCUGACGUCGGAGCUUCCUAUUUUUUAUCUCGUAUGAAUCCUCCAGAGCUUGGUCUUUACUUGUCACUUACUGGUGAAAGACUGAGCGGCGUCGACUGUUAUUUAUUUGGCCUUGCUCAAUACUAUAUAGAAUGUGACACAGAUUUAAUCAUUUCUGGACUAUACGAAGGGUCAAUAGAAAACGUUUUACAAGUAUACCACGUAAACCCAAGCUGAGAAAAGUCCUCAAUUAUCCCUUACUUAGACCAAAUCAAGCAGUGCUUUAUUAUUGAUGGUACCGUAGAACUAGUAGUAAAAAAACUCAGUCAAUUAGACACCCCAUGGACUGUAAAAACCUUACAAAAAAUCCAAACAAUGUGUCCGUUAUCUUUGAAAAUUUCUUAUGAAGCUUUUAGGAGAGGAAAAUCAAUGACUUAUAAGGACUGUCUAGCAAUGGAAUAUAAUUUAGUGGUCCAAAUGCAGUCACAGAGGUCAAUCAACUUUUUAGAAGGCGUCAGGCACAAGUUAGUAGUCAAAGCAAGCGGGACGCCAAACUGGGUCCCUGACGAUUUAAUCGAGCUCGGAGAUGGGAGCAUUCUUCCGUAUUUCGCUAAUAAAGAAGGUCCAAGACUGGAACUUCCUAGGCUUUAA